AAAUCCUCUGUAGCCCUUGAACUACAGUAACAAGUGGUCACUUGAGUAAUCACUGGUGAUUCAGAGAGACAUCUAUCGUUUGCUUUCCGAGACAGACACCUUCCCCAAAAAUGGCGAGCCUCCCCAAAGAGCCCGCCGAAGAUGCCAGGAAACAGAGCUUCUGGAUGACGGGGAAUUAUGUGCGCACAGUGCACAGAACUGAUCAGUCCUUCCAGGCCUGCAACGACAUCGUGGCCUGCUUCACGGAGAGGGCGAAGGUAGAGAAGCAGUACGCCCAGCAGCUCAGCCAGUGGAGCAGCAAGUGGAAGCCCAUAGUCGAUUCACGGCCACUUUAUGGCUCCCUCAUGAGGGCGUGGCAGUGCUUCUUCACCUCCACCGAGCGGCUGUCCACCCUCCACUCCUCCAUCUCCCAGUCACUCACCGCUGAGGAGGGGAAACGAGUGAAGACCUGGCAGAAGGAGAUCUUUCCCAAAAAACUCUUUUGUGGGUUCAAGGAGAGCUACGACAACAAAACCAGCUUUUCUCGAGCCCAAAAGCCCUGGUCCAAAAAGCUCAUAAAGCUGGAGAAGGUCCGAGUCGCAUACCAUAAGUCGUGUCAGAGGGAGCAAGCAGCGGUGGAGAAAGAAAAACAAGCAAAUGAAAACACAGAGAUGAGUCCGGAGAAAAAGCAGAAGAUCACAGAGGCCAGAGAAAAGGCCAGAGAGGAGAAGGAGCAGAAUAAAGAGUGCUACGAGAAAAUGCUGGAAGAUGUGACGUCCUACACGCCUCGCUACAUGGAGGAGAUGGAGGCCAUUUUUGAACAGUCGCAGGAGGAGGAGAAGAAGAGGAUCGACUUUCUGAAGGAGGCUUUCCUCUCCAUCCACAGGCACCUGGACGUCACCAACAAUGAGAGUGUGAAGGCGGUCUACAGUGAGCUCCAUCAAACUCUGAUGUCCAUCGAUGACCAGGAUGAUCUCAAAUGGUGGAAGAACAACCGAGGCCCCGGCAUGCCCACUGACUGGCCGAAGAUUGAGGAAUGGGUCCCACCAGUAAAAAAGUUAAACAGAAAGAAAAGAGACCAGAAAAGAAAAGAGGGCCAACCUGUGAUGAUCGGGGGUGUGAAGGUGCGAGCUGUGUACGACUAUGUGGGAGAGGAGGGCGAUGAGCUGUCCUUUAAAGCAGGUGAAGUGUUCCUUAAGGUUGAAGAGGAGGAUGACCAGGGCUGGUGUCGAGGGGUGCUGAGCGGGGGGAAGGAGGGCUUCUACCCGGCCAAUUACGUUGAAGUUGCCGAGUGAAAUCUCACCGUCGGAAAGUUUCUGUCCUAAAGUUAUUUCUCACAAAGAGUCAUUUUUUAAAACCUUCUAAAAAAUAACAACUUUUUUCAUUUGAUAUCUGAGAUGCUUGUGACUCUGAGCUACGUCAGAUGUAAUCUGUUCCCAGCUCUUUUUGAACUGUCAAUUUUAAGGCCUUAAUAUUCUAACCUAGUUAGUUUGAGUACUUCCUCAACAUGAAUUAACUUAUGAAUGAUUAGUAUGUAAUGUUUGAGUUGUGUGUCUGUGUGUGAGUGUGUUUGUGUGUUUACAUGCGCAUGUGCACAUUCAAAUGAAACAAAAGAGAAGGAGAGAGGAUAUUUAUUUACUGCCAUUAUGUCUGGGUAAUAGGUCACUGUAAUGAAGAUAACUCAUAAUUAUACACGAGGUUUACGGUCAUAAGUGCACACAAGGUUAAUGUUUACUCAACACGUAUGAUGUAUAAACCAAAGCACACAGAUGUUUGACUGAGGAGA